CAGAGCACUUUUUUAAAUUCCGGCCAAUCAGAACGAAAGAAGAAAAAAGAAAAAAGAAAGUGCGGUAUUUUUAGAACGUGAGAAGUCAUAGGGCGCGUAAAUUCCCCUCCGAUUACUUCCUCUAAUCGGAGGGAUCAUAAAUAAAAGCGCGUUCUGCAUUUUAUUCGUUUGUUUUUCUAGCAACAUUUCCUGAUUGGGAAAAUAAUAUAAAUUUAAAAGGAAAAGGAUUAAUCGAAGAAGGAAUGAGUUCUCCGACGAUGGAUCUGCUGCGGUCGGAGCCGAUGCAAUUGGCGCAGUUGAUCAUACCUAUGGAGUCGGCUCAUCGCACAAUAUCGUAUCUCGGUGAUCUCGGCCUUUUCCAAUUCAAAGACCUCAAUACUGAAAAGAGCCCUUUCCAGAGAACAUACGCUGCUCAGAUCAAAAGAUGUGGAGAGAUGGCACGUAAGCUUCGUUUUCUCAAAGAUCAAAUGACAAAGGCAGGCUUUUCACCUUCAUCGAGGUGUAGCUUUGACACUCGUGUUACUUUGGAUGAGCUAGAGGUAAAACUUGGAGAACUUGAAGAAGAGCUUAUAGAAGUGAAUGCCAACAGUGACAAGCUACAACGGUCACACAGUGAGCUUUUGGAGUAUAAGCUUGUUCUGCAGAAGGCUGGUGAAUUUUUCCAUUCAGCACAAAGCAUUGCUGCAGCCCAGAAUCAUGAAUUUGAAGCAAAUGUUAUGGGAGAAGUAUCUAUUGACAGUCCUCUAUUACUCGAGCAAGAAAUGUCCGUGGAUCCAUCAAAACAAGUAAAGCUGGGUUUUGUUAGUGGCCUUGUAGCAAGGGAGAAGUCAAUGGCUUUUGAACGAAUUUUAUUUCGUGCAACUCGUGGAAAUGUCUUUCUAAAGCAAGUGGCUGUGGAAGAUCCUGUUAUUGAUCCUCUGUCAGGAGAUAAGAUUGAGAAGAAUGUCUUUGUUAUCUUUUACUCUGGGGAAAGGGCAAGGAUGAAAGUAACAAAGAUUUGUGACACGUUUGGAGCAAAUCGCUACCCAUUUACAGAUGAUAUAGCCAAACAAUACCAGACAAUAUCUGAGGUAUCUGGAAAGCUUUCAGAGUUGAAGACCACUAUAGAUGUUGGACAACUUCAGCGAAGCAAUCUUUUACGGACUAUUAGCUUUGAAUUUGAGCAAUGGAACCUUUUGGUGAAGAAGGAGAAGUCAAUAUAUCACAUUUUAAAUAUGCUGAGUUUUGAUGUGACCAAAAAGUGCCUUGUGGGAGAAGGCUGGUGUCCCAUCUCCGCAACAGAUCAAAUAAAAAACACACUGCAGCAGGCAUCUUUGGAUAGCAACUCCCUAGUUGGAGCUAUAUUUCAGGUCCUGCAAACCGAGGAAUCACCACCUACACAUUUCCGCACAAACAAAUUUACUUCUGCUUUCCAGGAAAUUGUUGAUGCAUAUGGGGUGGCAAAAUAUCAGGAAGCAAAUCCUGGUGUUUUUACUAUCGUAACAUUUCCCUUUUUAUUUGCCGUUAUGUUCGGAGACUGGGGGCAUGGCUUAUGCUUGUUUCUCGCUACAUUGUAUUUUAUACUCAGGGAGAAGAAAUUGUCCCACCAGAAGCUUGGAGAUAUUAUGGAGAUGGCUUUUGGUGGUCGUUAUGUUAUUAUGAUGAUGGCACUCUUCUCAAUAUACACAGGAUUGAUAUAUAAUGAGUUUUUUUCUGUUCCUUUUGAACUUUUUGGACGUUCUGCUUAUGACUGCCGAGAUUCUUCAUGCAGGGAUGCAUCUACAGUGGGCUUGAUUAAGGUGCGUGGCACCUAUCCUUUUGGUGUUGAUCCCAAAUGGCAUGGUACACGCAGCGAGCUACCAUUCCUCAACUCUUUGAAAAUGAAAAUGUCCAUUUUACUUGGCAUAGCACAGAUGAAUCUCGGAAUAGUUUUAAGCUAUUUCAAUGCAAAGUUCUUUGGGAACGAUAUAAAUAUCUGGUACCAGUUUGUUCCCCAGAUUAUUUUUUUAAACAGCCUGUUUGGCUACCUAUCACUUCUCAUAAUUGUGAAAUGGUGCUCCGGUUCCCAAGCUGAUCUCUAUCAUGUAAUGAUAUACAUGUUCUUGAGUCCUACUGCUGAUUUAGGUGAUAAUCAGCUAUUUUUUGGCCAGAAAUAUCUCCAGAUUCUUUUGCUAUUGCUUGCGCUUGUUGCUGUUCCAUGGAUGUUAUUUCCAAAGCCCCUUCUUUUGAAGAAGCAGCACCAGGAAAGACACCGAGGACAAGCCUACAGACCUCUUUAUAGCACUGAGGACUCCUUUGAACUCGAGAUACAAAGUGAUUUACAUGGUCAUGAGGAGUUUGAGUUCAGUGAAGUUUUUGUCCAUCAAGUAAUCCAUACAAUAGAGUUUGUUCUUGGAGCAGUCUCUAACACAGCUUCUUAUCUACGUUUGUGGGCACUUAGUCUUGCACAUUCAGAACUUUCCAGUGUGUUUUAUGAUAAAGUUCUGCUUCUUGCUUGGGGGUUCAACAACGUCAUUAUCCUCAUCAUUGGGAUUAUUGUGUUUAUAUGUGCUACUGUUGGUGUAUUACUGCUGAUGGAAACCCUGAGUGCAUUUCUCCAUGCCCUGAGGCUUCACUGGGUAGAAUUUCAGGGCAAGUUUUACGAGGGAGAUGGUUACAAGUUUUAUCCAUUCUCAUUUGCAUCACUCAGCGAGGAUGAGGAAUGAUAGGAGCAGUUUUUUUAACAUGACUGAGUUUUAGAUGAUUCAUUUGUGAGUAGACAGAUAUUAGAAGUCCCAGAGGAAUUGCUGAAAAUUUUCGGAGAUUCAAUUCUCUAAAGCACGCCCUUCCGGGUCAAUGUAGUAGUAAUUGUUUUAUGGUGAAUCCCGCAGGCUAGCGGUCAUAUUAGGUCUAUCCGUGGAAAUUGUUACUA